UGCACUAUUACACGCCAGAUAUGGUGCGCACAGAAAGCGUCCAACACGCAGAGUUAAAACAGCACCGGCAUACCACGUUCCGGUUCCAUCUUGGUACUCGUCCGCGUGUGCCCUUGAUACGACUGAAUGAGAAUUGCAGCGCAAGGCCUCUUUACCGGUGAAUGUGCUGUUCCCCUGUGCCUAGAAAAUGGAUAGUAAAUCAUUUGAUCAACUACACUGCCUAUUGCGUUCGGCCGAUGGCCAGCCGGCUGGAACGACAAGUGAAGUGCUUGUGACGGCUUACCGGUUUCUACAGUGACCGUGACUUCAGCUAUCAGAGGCGCUCAGCUACCUUUGAUCGCAGGCUGUAACCCACAAAAUAAACUGGUUCAUGCGUGUAGUACGGCCUUAUGUUCAUUUGUCGUGAACGCGAAUUCCGAUUUGCUGCAUUUCAAGCGUGUGUUGUCAACCAAAAGGGCAGGGACCCCGCAACGUACAUCGCGGUAGCCUCGCGUCAUGCCACGGGAUGACCCUCCCCCAAGAAUUUUCUUUUGCAGUCCCGCUACUAACGUUCCGUCUCCGAGAUUUGUUUUGGAGCAGAGAUCGAGGAGGAACUAAAGAACCGAGUGAUCAUGACGAUGAGUUGCUCAACCAAGCUGAGUGCCGUUUGAUAAAAGGCGGACGCCUGCAUUUGCUGGACACGUACUCCGGUCAGUUCGCGCGUUUCCGGUAGACAGUGACUUCCGUUUCUGUAUGUGUACAUGGGUGUGCCACGUGUCAGAAAAUGAUGUCUGCCACACAAGCUUCAGGAGGAAACAUGGGCGUGAACGUGGCUGUCUCUGCAACCAUUUAGGGCACGAGAAGCCAUGGCCACUGGACUGCCUUUCGCGCAGCACAUGCGAUCCGGACACACACACCACAUUCCAACUGCCCCCCCUUCAGCGAUUUGUGCAAUCUUCUCCCUGGUGGCCGUGCGUUUCUUCUUCUUCCAGCCACUCGCCCCCCAGCGAGGAUUUUAUUCGAAAAGUAGAUAACGCACGCACUGCGAUUGCGCUUUCCUUCCCUAUGUUUUUCUUUUCCCCCCUCUGCAGUCGCAUGACUUUUCCGCUUGUGUUUCCCCUGUGUGUCUUGACGGGGACGGCACGGACGGCUGUCGCUGUCUUCUCUCGUCACUCCAUUGCUCCUGUUCAGGGCAAUCUGUGGUGCUUGUCGUCCAGCUUGUUUCCAGUUGACAGUUUCUUCUUUGUGUUGACAUUCGCACCUCUUUUCACCACCAUCCCGAGUUACGAGUCUCCGCCGCGCUCGUCACACAUUGUCGUUGGUGUCCGACAGGGGAAAACACCUUGUCUUCGCUGCCAAAACAUUGUUCUCUGUUGGCUCUCUUGUGGCACAGCUGGCAGCCGCCUGACUGGGCAGGUUGCUUGUUUGUCGACGCUUUCCGUGCCGUUUCCAGUCUCGUCGUCAUGUCUCUUUGCUUCGCGCCCCUGCAUUCCGCAGCUCUGCUAGCUUCCGUUUCUUCUUGCCAAUUUUCUCGGAGCCAACUCUUCUUUCCACUUCCUUCUCAGGCGUCCAUGUCACUUCGAGCCCGACGGUUCAUCCGUUCACACCACCUGCAGACGACCCUCCCCUGACCAAAGCAGUAGUCACACCGCGUUCCACUACUCUCUGCAAAGGUCCGCCACCAUCUCUUGCUCUUGCAGUGCUAGUUUUUUCUCUAUCUGUGGUCCCGUCUUUUCCGUUCCGUCCUCUCCCAGAAACACAGCCUUUCUACGUCCGCAGUGUUUCCUGCCAUCUCGCUCUCUGGUCCGCCGCCUGCUCCGCGAAUUUCCCUCGCCGAAGCGCGAACUGUCGGGGGCUCCUCUUCUCUG